GCUAAAGAACGUGGUGAUUUACUCUUCCCAAGCAUCGAAUCUGAAAAACGUAAACACAAGUUAAAGAGAUUAGUUCAAUCUCCAAACUCAUUCUUUAUGGACAUCAACUGUCACGGUUGCAGAACCAUCACAACCGUUUUCUCACAUGCCCAAAACGUUGUCAUCUGCAGUUCAUGCUCAACCGUCAUUGCCCAACCAACUGGUGGUAAAGCUAGAAUCACUGCUGGUUGCAGAUUAAGACACAAAGGCGAAUAA